AUGUCCUCUUGGGACAGCACGUCUUGGGACAGCACGUCUACCUUGCCCAGCUCUGAAGACAGUGACGAUGUUUCGGGCCCCAACAUGCUGUCUUUGCCGGGGGACAAAACACCAGAAGAGGCACAUCUAGAGCGAGAAGGGUGUGUCAGGUCUCUUCAAGUGUUCCGAUACAAUCUUUGUCAAAAAGAGAUCAACUCCGAUUCCGAUGGUACCCUUUUUGACCUUCUAUACUACGAAGACGAGCUACGGAAGAAUUGUCAAACGGAGACUGUUUACGCCAAAAGGAGAAGGGAGAUAUGA